AUGGUCUCCACAGGGCUGGUGGUGGUGCUGGUGCUCAUCAUUGUGCUGACAGUGUUUGGGAACGUGCUGGUGUGUCUGGCAGUGGGCGCAAGCCGGAAGCUGCGUUGUGUCACAAACUGCUUCAUCGUGUCGCUGGCGGUGACGGACCUGCUGCUGGGCCUGCUGGUGCAACCGCUGUCUGCCAUGCUGCAGCUGACAGGGGAGUGGCCCCUGGGGGCCACCUUCUGCAACAUCUACAUUAGUGUGGACGUCAUGCUCUGCACCGCCUCCAUCCUCAACCUUCUCGCCAUCAGCGUGGACCGCUACGUAGCCGUCACCGCUCCGCUACGCUACCCGGCACUGGUUACGUCCGGCAGUGUCGCCGUGGCGAUGGCAGUGAUCUGGACCGUUUCGCUGAUGGUGUCCUUCCUGCCCAUCCACAUGGGCUGGAACACGCCGGACUUCAGCGUGCAGAACCAGAAGCAGGGCCGGGACGAGAGAGCCUGCCGCUUCGAGUGGAACCGCAGCUACGUGCUGCUGGACGCCUUCGCCACCUUCUACCUCCCCCUGCUCGCCAUGUGCGUGACCUACUACCGAAUCUUCCGCAUCGCGCGGGAGCAGGCGCGGCGCAUCAACAGCCGGCCCUCCUCCUUCAGCACAGUCGCUGUGGCGCGGGAGCACAAGGCCACCGUGACGCUGGCUGCCGUUCUGGGCGCUUUCAUUGUCUGCUGGUUCCCCUACUUCACCUUCUUCACCUGCAUGGGCCUACGCGAGGAGCCAGACCCGCCACAAACAGCCUAUUCUGUGGUGCUGUGGCUGGGCUACGCCAACUCAGCCCUGAACCCGCUGCUGUACGGUGCCCUGAACCGGGACUUCCGCAGGGCCUAUGGCAGGCUGCUGUGCUGCAGGAGCAUCAGCCCCGCCCCCAGGCUGCCUUUCACACCUGCCCAGCAGGGGGACCCCCUGUGGGCAACAGAGAGCAAGAAAGAGAAGGACAUCACCCUGCAGGAGAUGAAGGGCGGCAGCAGCUCCAACUAA